AUGCCGAAACGCAAGAGCAAUGCCCCAGAGGCACUAGCAAACAAGCGCGCAAAGCUCGGCGCAGCCUCGAAGUCACUCGAGGAGUACUCCCUCAAGCUAAACACUUUACGAGACCGAGAGCGUACUGCCGCUAUAGACGAAGAAAAGAGGGCACAGGAUCGAUACCGCAAAGCGCGUAACGAAUCCUUCGCGCGAUUCAAAAAGGUACAAAUUAAGGAGUAUACGAGUUUCGAAAGCCUCGCCAAAGAUGAGCAACAGGAACUUAUCGAGGGCUGGAGAAAGAUACAUACAAAGGAGUAUAAUCAAAAAGCUACAAAGAAGCAGACUGGAAAGAGUAUAACACUUCCUCCCGAUGAGCAGGCAAAGAUUGAUAAAGCCGACUGGUUUCUCGAACUCGGCGAUAUCGACUCUAAGGAACGAUUGACAUUCCAGAAAGAAGACCAGAUUGAGUAG